GAUUCGGCUGUGCUGUGAUUACAACUGUUGCUCUUCUAAUUCAUUUCUAAUAAUUGAAAUAAAUUCACUUGGCACAUGCUGCCCCACAAUGUGUACGCUAUAAAAAACACCAAAAUUCCUGUUGCCGUUGUGAUUAUAUAAAGUGCAGCAAAAGCAAAACAAACAAAAAGUAAAUUUAAAAAAAAAAGUAAAAGAAAAAUUACACAACCAAUGUGAAUAUUCAUUGAGUGCUCGCAGCGCAGUGAAGUUUUUAGUUGAUUUAUUCCAAAUAGAAGCUCAGCAUGAGUUUCAUACAUCCCGAUGCCAGCCUCAUCAGCUGCGGCAACGCUGCCAUUGCAGCGGCCCCACAAGUCAGCAACAACAAACAGUUCUCAGAGCUGGAAACUCAGCCCCGGCCCCUGCCCCUGCCACUGGACGAUGCACACGCCAGCUGCUCGCCACGCGAUAAAGUCGAGAUCAAGAUUGUGAUGCUUAAAGUGCAGCCAGAAUCACCUUUGCUACCAUUGAAGGAGGACGACUCCACGCCAUUCAAAACUCCGAAUAACUCACCUGUAUACGUAACUAAACCGCACAUAUCACCAACACCAUCACGUGGCAAGUAUAACGCGCCUGGUAGUGAAACAGCGCACACAUCAAACAACAAGGGUCGACGGCGCAGCUCGCUGACCACCUACUCCUCGCCCAACCCCUCGCCGACGCCAUCAUCUUCGCUCACAUCCACGCUCAACUUUGAACAGUGCGAGCCCAACAACAACAACGAGGAGGAGUUCUAUACACCGCUCGGCGGACAGACGCCAAACCACAAGCACCUACAAGAGUACAAGCUCCAUCCGAACGACACCUUCGCACGUCUCGAGGGGAAGCAGCCGAAGCCAAACACCAAGAUGCAAAGCAAAGUGGAUGCAGUGGGCCAUAUCACCGGCCAUUGGGGCAAAUGGCAAUUGCGUACAGUGCUCUUAAUCUUCCUGUGCAAAAUACCUUCUUCCUGGUUUAUGGCUUGUAUCAUUUUCACGGCACCGGCGCCCCGCCAUGGUGAAUUCUUCUGCAAGCCGCCCUCUGAGAUUGGCGUCCACAAUCAGACGGCAUGGAUCAAAGUGUCGCAUCCGCAAAAAGAGGAGAAAGAGGAUCAAGAGUUUACCAUCGACUUUUGUAAUGUGUACGAGGAUGCCCAGCAGCAUGCUCAUCACUAUUAUAAGUACGCAGACAGUGCCCAGGAGCCGCGCAUCUGGGAGAAACCACAACAUCGCAACUCCAAUGUAAUACCCUGCACGGAAUUUCAGCAUGAAAGCACCUACCAAUCGGUGGUCACACAAUAUGAUCUCGUCUGCUCCCGCGACAUACUCGUCUCCGUAACCCAGUUCUUCCAUCUGUUUGGGGUGCUCACCGGCGGCAUUUUAGCCAAUCACCUUUUAAAACACUUCAGUCCACGCAGCGUGAUGCUCUUUGGCAUGAUCACGCAAAUCUUUUGCGGCAAUUUAACUGGUCAUGUGGCUUCCUAUGAACUUCAUGUUUUCUUCAGAUGUCUCUCCGCUGUCUGCUGUGCUCAAAUGUACACCGCUGGUGGCAUGAUAAUGUCGGAUAUAACAGGCGGCAAAUAUCGCACAUGUGUCUCAACACUCUUCGAGCAAUUCUGGUCUAUUGGGGUUAUGAUGUUGCCAGGAUUAGCCAGCUUUUGGUCCAGCUGGUCACAUCUCUAUAUGGCCAUCUCUUGGCCCACAGUUAUACUCAUUUACCUAUGGCAAUGGAUACCCGAUUCACCGCGCUGGAUGAUUGACCGAGGUCGUGUGCUGGAAGCCAAGAAGAUAUUGCUUGAGUGUGCCGAGAUGAAUGGCACCCGCCUCAGUCUGCCACAUGACAUUGACCAACAGCUGGAGCUGCAGGCACAAACGGCCAUGGAUGCACCACCUCCAGCAAGCUGGUGGUCCAUCUGGAAGGGUGACAAGGCAGUGCGACACAUGAUCUGCGUACAUCUGGCCUGGUCGCUAUACAUCAGCGUCUACUAUGGCUGUCUGCUGAAUAUACGAUCCUUCAGUCGGGAGCAUCUUUACAUCAAUACCUUUUUCGCCGGCUUAAGCGAGAUGAUUGGCACUUUCAUUGGACUCUAUUUGAUCAUGAAGACCACACGCAAAUGGCUCUGGGCGGGUAUCUUCAAUAUUGUGGCUGGCUGUUUUGCCUGGUGUUGCUGGCUGGUACCCAAGCCAGGGGUCGUGUCUCUAGAUGCCAACGUUGCGAUGCUCAUGUGCACGGCUAUGGUGUCCAAGAUGGCCAUAUCAACUUCUCUGUCCAUACUGACCACCAGCACUGUUGAGCUGGUGAGCCAGGAGAAGCGCAAAAUAGCUUCCUUUUCGACAAUAUGCUGGGCACGCUUCUGGCUUUUGGGUGCCCCAUUCAUUGGCUCCACCGUCGUCAUUGGGCAACUUAUACCGCAGACCUGGUACACUGCACUGGCAGUCGCUGGCGGAGUCUGCAUGUCCUUGAUUAGUAGUCCACGCACCCACCCGAUCUUGCGGCCCGCCUCGCCAGCGUCACAUGGCGCACAGAACAUAACCACACAGUUCACUGUCAUCGAUGGACUGGACAACAAGGGCUAUGAGCCCAGCUCCAAUGCUAGCAAUACCAUCUAUGCUGCAAAUACUUUUAGGAAAUUGACCACACCACAGUCGAAUUUACCCCCACAGCUAAUGCCCGGAAUUUGGACGACCAAAACACAUGAGGAUAUCCCACCAAUGUGAUAAAAUACACAACUGUCCGUGCUAAAUGAGGUUAGGGCAACCAAAACCGCUGUUGGAAUUGUGCAAAAGUGAGGUUAGAAUAGAUAUUUGAAAUGGAAUUGCGAUUUUGGUGGCGCUGUGAAUU